CCGGAACGAGUGGUGACCGAGUUUCUCGGCAUCUGGACCGAGUCAGCGCGACUUUAAGUGAAGAAGCGAGGGCGUGGGAGAUAAUGGCCGGAGGAGGAGCCACGGUGGAGGAGCUCAAGGAUGUGCUGCGGGAGACGCUUGAGAACCGCGGGGCGCUCGGCAACGUGCGUGCGCACCUCCGCGCGGAGGUGUCCAACGCGCUCGAGGACCGCACGGGGCUCAAGCGACCGGACAUAUCCAACGAGAACCUCAUCAUCAACGAGCUCAUCCGCGAGUACCUCGUCUUCAACAGGUACAGGAGCACGCUCUCGGUGAUGCUGCCCGAGAGCGGCCAGCCGGACACGCCGCCGUUUGACCGGGACUUUCUCGCCAGGGAGCUGCGGGUGCGCGAGAACGAGAACUCCAGGAAGCUCCCUCUGCUCUACACCAUGCUGUCCAACGCGCAGGCCAACAAGUGAGGCGACGAUGUGUAGUAGCACGUAGGCUUUGUAUCCAACACGAUUGAU